UCCUUUUCCCUUUACCCUUUGACAUUCCCUCCCUCCCACAGGCCACAAACAACAAAGUCUGUCCGUCUCAAAGGUUGAGUAGUUUUCAGAGGAUCUCUUUUCUUUUCUUGUUUUGUCGUUUCAGUUGAGAAAGAUGAGCGAUGGGUUAGACUUGGUCCUCCCACUGGGAGAAGCAGCGGAGACCUUCCAACUGGAGAAGGCCGUGUGUAGCCAUGGGCUGUUCAUGAUGGCACCCAACCAGUGGGACCCUCUCUCCAAGACCCUUCUCCGCCCACUCCGUCUUCUCCACUCCCAACCCCAAGCCUCAGUCCUUGUCCGCGUCUCCCAACCCCACUGGGACUCUCACUCUCUCCAUGUCCGCGUUUACGGCACCCACUCCCUCUCCACUCCUCAUCGGCAAUCACUGCUGGCCCAGGUUUCGCGAAUGCUGCGUCUGUCGGAAACCGAGGAGAGGGCUGCGAGAGAGUUCCGAAAGAUGUGCACCAAUGGAGCAGAUGCGGAUGGGAGCUUUGGUGGCACUGGCAGUGGCAGGGUGUUCAGGUCUCCUACGUUGUUUGAGGACAUGGUCAAGUGCAUUCUCCUCUGCAACUGCCAGUGGUCCAGAACCUUAAGCAUGGCGAGAGCGCUUUGUGUGCUUCAGUUGGAACUGCAGAGUCGAUCGUCAUGCAUGUCCUCCACUGAAACUGGAGGAUCAGUUACUGAAGCUAGCAAUACCAAGUCUAAGAGCCCAAAAGCUGAGAAUGAGGACUUUGUUCCGAAGACACCUGUAGGAAAAGAGACAGAGACAAAGCUUAAGGCAUUCAAAGUUUCCACGAAUUUGACAAAGCUUGCGGAGACUGAAGCAGAGUUGGGAGCAAAUGCUUAUUUGAGGACAGACUCUGUCCAAACUAAAGCUAAGAACUUGAGCUCAAACGUCCUUCCAACUAAUGUAGAAGAUAAUUCAUGUCAAAACUGCAAAAGUUGUCAGGUUACUGGAGAACUAUACAAGACUGACUCAUGUUUGCUCACUGUGCUUCAGUGUUUUGAAGGGCAAGAAUUUGAUGCCUAUGGUAUGGUAGGAAAUUUUCCUAGCCCAAGAGAACUAGCAAAAACCUUGAUGAAAGUUUUCUGAGAACACGCUGCAAUCUCGGCUACAGAGCAAGUCACAUAUUGAAAUUUGCUCAGGGUAUUGUUGAAGGCAGAAUUCAACUAACACAGCUUGAAGAAGCCUGUAAAGGAGCAAGCUUAUCCAGCUACAAAAUAUUGGAUGACUAGUUGAAAGGAAUUGAUGGAUUUGGUCUUUUUACAUGUGCCAAUGUGCUUAUGUGCAUGGGAUUUUACCACGUCAUUCCAACUGAUUCUGAAACUAUCAGGCAUUUAAGACAGGUCGAAAAUCCAACUCUCAAACAAUGCAGAGAAAUGUUGAAUAUAUCUAUGGGAAGUAUGCAACAUUUCAGUUCUUGGCAUACUGGAUCAUGUUCGAAUUGGAGACUUUAAUUGGUUCUCCAAUGUAGAGUCCAAGUGACUAGAGUCCAAUGAGUGUUCGAGUUGGAGUCCAAUGCAGCCAAGGAAAGAUAGCAUGAUUGAGUUCAACUCUAGUGCUCUCAUGAUCUACUGACGUCAAGGCACGAAGCUGGAAUACGAUUAGAGAUGGUGUUGCGAGUGUUUUGUUGAAGGAUGUUAUCCUAGUACGGAAAAAUGAUGUUUCUUUGGCUGCAGGUACUACGGUAUAGUCGAUGGGUCAGUAGCAGUGUGCUUGGGAUAUUAUGACUGAAGCUCGCCGCGACAGUUGUAAUUGUCGGACCACGGGUUGUCCAUUAUUUUAUAGGUUUGGUAUGGCUUGUGGCGUUUGUGUCACUUGUUCUUUGUUAAGCCAUUAUUGUUAUAGUAUUAAUAAGACUCAAACAGAUAGAUGUUAAAUGGCUCUUUGUUGUAAUUAAUUUGUGAUAGAUGUAUAAGUUGUAAUUUCCGCUAUUCAGAUUUAUGUUUUCCGCUGCAUAGAUAGAUGUAUGUUAUACUCUGAUUAUCAGGUACAUGUUAUGGGGCAUGUGUCAUAUGUUGGCUUUGCGACAUAUCGUCGUGCCACUGUGAG